UGAAGAUUUAACACAGUGCAGAGCAGCGCUGGCAGUCACACUUGUGCCCUGGAUUGUAGCAGAGAGAGAGCAGCCCUCCUGCAGCCUGUAAGCCCACCACCAUGGAUGUCAAACUGCUGGCACUGAUGGCUCUGCUGGCCGUGGCCACACAUGUACCAACCUCCAGCGCAAAGCCCAUCAGUCUGGUGGAGCGGUGCUGGUGUCGUUCCACCCUCAACACGGUUCCUCAGCGCUCCAUCAAAGAGCUCAAGUUCCUCCACACACCCAACUGCCCCUUCCAAGUCAUUGCCAAGCUGAAGAGCAACAGGGAAGUUUGCAUCAACCCGGAGACCAAGUGGCUGCAGCAGUACUUAAAGAACGCCAUUAACAAGGUCAAGAAAUCUAGAAGACGCAAUAACAGGAAAAACUAAAUACAAGGGAAGACAUGUCUGUCAUCAGGCCUGGCAUCCGCGGGCCGAACCUGUAUACCUCCCUGUCACUGCUAUGGAUGUAUUUAAACACGCUGUAUGUACCUGUCCACCUCUCUGGACCGCUUGCAGAACCAGCACUUCACCACCAAACUGUGCGUUACCCAGCACCGCCACCGAUCCCCUCUGCACACCACCGCAGAAACCUCCAACUCUCCAUCUUAGCACCAAGUGCAAUUAUACCUCGAAGUGACGGGACACAUGCUCACGUCAUAUAUGUGUGGGUGCUGGGCACGAGAGAGAUGGAGAGCAUGCGUGUGUGUUUGAACGUGCGACAUAUGAACUAACUCUGAUUGUGUGUCUGUAUAUAGUAUUUUCCUACUUUACACUGCUAAAGAGCUUUCCGUCUCUCACAGGGCUUUGUGGGUCACGCCACCUUCAUGUCAUGUCAUAAAAAACAUUCACAUCGGUCUCUGAGGAGCUGGUCAUGUCAAAGGAGUGAUUACUUUCAUUUCAACAUACUACUACUUCUACUUUUUAUUGUAAAUCUUACUUUCAUAAGAAAGAAAAAAAACUUGGGACGGAGAUGUUACAGACCUAAAUGUUUCCUCUGAUAAUAAGUGAUAGUGGCAUUACUCCAUGGCUGAGAGGUCUUGGGGCAGUAACAGACUCUGGUCAAUGGGCUUAACUCUUCACAAGCAGUGACCAAUCAGAGCGAGCCAUGCAGGCCAACAGUUAUCUUGAAUUGUCUUCCAGCUUAAAGCUCCACAACAGAAGCUCACACACAGUGACACACAGUGACACACAGUGCUCAGAAACCAGCACUUGUGGCGCUAUAUAUUCAGUAUGAGGGCUUGGAGUAAUUGACACAAUUAUAUUUCACUGUUUAUUUUAUGCAAGAUUUAAGAUGGGAUGUUGUGACCUCUAUAUGAAAAACAAUUAUGCUUUUUUUACCAGUCAAAAAACAUUUAAAGCGCAGUUGUUAGAGUCUGAUAUGUUAAAUGAAAUGGAAAACUGGCGUUGUGCCCAGGCCAUACUGUAUUGAUAACGAUUAUGAAAUUAAACGCUUAUCAAUGCAGCUUUUUUGUUAUUGAACAUAUCAGUAAACAGAGACCAAAUAUAAAAAGAAACCUGAAAGAAACCUGUGAACCUCAAAAAGCACAACUUUCUAUUUCAUUGUUAGAAAAAGGUGGUAGAUCGUCACAACUCUUCAUUUUCUUUACACCUCAUUAAAUGGAUUAUAUUUAAAUGUAUAUCAUGACAACAGACCAAUUCCACUGCAGUAUCUUCAUACCAACACAUGUCCUUGGUAGGAAUGGAAAGCUAAUAAAUGGUCACAUAAAACAACUUGAUUAUAAACGUCACAAUGGGAAUGUUGAUGGUGGCAAAAAGAAAGUGUUUGAUUAUCCUUUUUUAUAUAUAUUUGAGCCACUUUAUUAUCAGAUGUGUCUUUUAAAUGUAAUUGUUUUAUUUUUAUAUUGUGUAUAAUCUUACUAAAUGCUUUUGUAACGCUAUGUACAGUAGGCAGUAGCUACUAAAUGAAGGCUCGUCCAUUAAAUGUGAGAAACAGUAUAAAGCUUCUCUUUAAAGGUUUCAUGCAAUAUUUCACAAAUAUGUAAUGGUUUGUUACACAAUAUGCAACACUAAAAUACUCUUUUUCUUUAUCAUUUUUUAACAUUAAAAAAAACCAGCCAGACAAAUGAAAUAUCGCCCUCCUGGUUUGUUGUUCUCCUUGUUUCUUUAUCAACCAAUCUCAGAUGUAACAGCUGUGAACUGAAUACGAUCUGUUCAAUUCAACACACAGUGAUUGAAAACAAACUGUCAUUGUGUUACAUGAGGAAGUUAUUAAGCCCACCGGUCGUCCCCGUCGAACACUUGAUUCAAUUUUAAAGUUUUACUGAGGUUGAUGUAUGAUGUGUCAAUUGGGCCACGGAGCAAAAACAGAACAAAACCUUAGAGUUGAGAUUCAAGCGUCCGACAUGUGCUUCCAAUCUGGACACUCCCAGCACCCCACGGGCUUUCUUUUCACUUCCACUCAACUGCUGCCAUGCCGCACAUUUUUUCCCCCUGAAAUUGUUUGUGGUCAUUUCUAUGGUCUUUGUUUUGUUUAGUUUCAUACGGUCUAUUUGCUGUGAGUGCCUAGUGAUAUCAAUUUGCAGCUAAUGGUGCAAUAAUUAUGUAAAUGUAAUUAAUCUUCCAAUAUUGUCAUAGAAGUUAACGGCUAUUAAUGUUAUAUUAUUAUACUCAUUUGUUUGAACACAUUGCUAAAUAAGAUAACACUGUUCCAGUUUCCAAAUGCUCUGAUAUGCAAUGAUAAAAGUAUAAUUGUAUUUGUUGUGCAAAUUCAUUACAACACCGCCGUCCAUUCUUUACUUUGUUAACGAUAAUGAAUAUUGUGUUAUUUCUGUAAACUUCAACCUUUGUAAUAUAUGUAUAAUGUGAUAAUUAUCUCUAUUCCAGGAGAAAGAUAUUGCAUUACACAUGUUGAAAAACUUUGUUAACCAUUGUUUCAUUGUUGUUUAUGUUAAUGAGAUACAUGUAAUAACAUGUUAUUAGUUUUAUAUAGAUAAUGAAAUAUUAUAGUUUCAGACAAAUACAUCUUUAUCACUGUGAAAAUAGAGCUUUUACAUAAGUUUUUGUGUGUAUUAUUUGGUCCAAAUACACAUUCAGGUUCACAUAUUUUCCACAACAGUGUGUUAGUAAUCAGUGGGUGCAUGUGUUCUACUUUGGACCCCGAGACAAUGUGAAAUAUUUCUUUUGAGGCAGCUUCUGACACAUAUUCUUCAUAUACGCGAGAUGUAUUAGAGUAUUAUUCUCUGUAUUGUCACUGUUUUAUAAACCAAGAGGCAGUAUUUUAGCUAUGAUACUCAAGCCCUUUUUCAAUAAAGUCAUAUGAAAUAAAA